AUGGACAUACCGACGGCCAAAAGACACUACAGCAGCGAAGAGAAGAGGCAGCUCAUAGCCAAUCUAGACAUCGAAGUCGCGCAUCGCACUCGACAGUUCGAGGCAUGGCUCACCGACAGGCUAGAAAACUUUACGAUCCAUCAAGAAGGCCAGGUCUCACGAAUACCCAAGCAGGUUAGAAGCAUGACGAUGAGGGAGUUUGGUCAGAAAUACGAGGGGAAUAUCCAACUGGCCUUACGUGGAUUCCAGAAGGAACGGCUAGCUGCUGCGGGUGCCGAUGCGACGCUAGGGGAAAUCGAUAAAAGCAUGCGCAAGAGAAAAUGGGUAGCAAGCCAGGAGACAGAAGGAGAGGCAUCAGGGUCGGGUUCGAGCCAGCCUAAAGAUUCUGAUUCACAGAGGUUCUUGAAGAAUGCCCGAACACACUUCUCGUCACCAAAGAAAAUGGCCGGGUCUUCCACAGGGCCUGGCACAGCUCAACGCUCGAGACUUUUGAGCAACUCGAAAACAACUGCCUCUAACCUGUCGCGGACUAUGGGACGCCCUCCUUCAAUGAGUCCACAAAAACCUAGAGGUCCCUUUAAUAACUCCACUACCAUUCACAAUCCAAAUCGACCAUCCCGUCCCACCUCGCCUCUAAAGCAAACAUCAUCAAAUCCUGACAUCGGUGGCGUAAAAAGCCGCGUCCCUUCGAGUUCCAGCUUCAACCCCACCUUGCCCCCCAAAGCACCUGCAUUUCCAUCACAUAACCGACAUGCCGCGAGUCAUCAAAGCACUACGAUGCGAUUGCCUAGGAAGGAUGAAAAUAUGCUCAGCAUAAAUGGCUCACCACUUGCCAACCCUUACGAGUUUGGUUUGGGGUGGUUUAAGGGCGUUGAAAUGGCGCAGAUGGACGAAGAGGAUGAGUUACUAGAUGCCGACGCCGCGCAGAAAACCGGCGUCAAGGGAGGAGGUGGAGGACAAGCCCUAAAACGGUCGAAGAGUAGUAUAAUCAUCCGGCGAGAUCCAUCUGUGGCAUUCCCCUCGGGUCUACAUUCACGGACGGAUUCCCAAGCAAGUUUCUACACUGCUUCAUCCAGCCAGACAAACUCCUCACGACCGAACUCGUUGUCUCGAGAGCAUUCCACGCAACUGGAACCGCAAUCGCAUCCUGUUCUCGGGGCCUCGUUCCGCUUCCCGCCUACACAGCCGACCAACAAUGAAAUGACACCACGUCCUGCGACCAAGAUUACGAGAACGUUCUCGGCUCUGGUCGCGAUCCCUACGAAGGAUGGGCACAUGCUCGAGUUCGAUCCAUUACAGACCUCCCCAGGAUCCUUGGAUGCUCUCGAGGGAAUUUCUGAUAGCGCAAAGAAACAAGCCAAGGCGGAAAUGGGUCGUUUGAUACAGGCCACUGUGGACAAGUGGAAGAUUCGAUAA